UUGCACAAUCAAUGGGUUUCAAGACACAUAUUCGUAAUUAUAAGGUUGAGCAGUUGAACUUGGUAAAUUCAGCCAGUUUCCUGAUGCAGUACUUAGUCCAAUAUCCCCAAAAGUUGAUCAACUAAUGACGUGAUACUAAAAACUAAAAAGUCAUGUAUGUUUUCUGAACUCAUUCAAAAUUGAAACUCCUUUCAGAUGAGGGUGGAGGGUCUCUCAGCCAAUAAGACAUCUCACUUCUCGAUAAUUCUGGAAGUGUUUCAAGUUGCCCCCACAUUUUUGAUGGUAGAUAUUCAGAAAGCAGCUGGAGAUGCUAGUGAAUAUCUCAAGUUUUACAAGAACUUUUGUGGCAAUCUUGAGGAUAUCAUAUGGAAGCCACCCAGUGAAUCCCAUAAAUCAAGGAUUACAAAGACCAAUGGUAAAAAGCGUUGAAUUUCCACCUUCUAGCAUUAUCUACUCAAGUUGUGUUCUAUACCAUGUUGACCUGCGUAUUUCGAGAUUACUUGUCAUAUGCCACAAUCUUAAUCGGUUUCCAUAUAGUUUACCAAACCCCUAUACUUUUUUUCCUUUUUUUCCCCAACCUCUAAUCCCAUUAGAUAGCUAUGUUUCUCCGGCAGAGGUUGGUGAAAAAGAUUCCCAGUUUUGUAUGAUUACUGUAAAUCUCUUUAUAUGUAGAUGUGUCUUUUGUCACACUCUAAUUCCAUUUUGUGGGCUAGUGAUGUACAAUCCGACUCCCUUGCCCAUUCAACUUCUUGAAGGGUUCUCUUAACGAAU